AAAACUUCAACUCACCCACUAAUGAAAUAUCAUGGGUCCCAGGCUCUUAAGACAGAGGAAAAACCAGUUUCUGAAGGCUCUACUACGAAAAAAUAUCAGAAAUGGAAAGAAGAGUCCUAUAAGCUUCCAACUUUUUGAAAUGAACUCGGACAUCAAUGGGUUUCCCUUGAAAGAGGAUCGAACAACCCAAGAACCUUGGGAAAUUAACCAUGCGUUGUCAGUUCCAGUAGACUCAGUGAGGAAUUUAAACUCCAAGCCCGGGGAGAAGUUUUUCAUUUUUUGGUACAUGAUGUCAUCUUAUUCUCCUCUAAUAUCAGCAGCUUAUUUAUCACCAAUAGGGAAUUUAAUACUGAUAACAUGUCUAAUUGAACACUGGAGAGUAGAUAAAACUACUGGAGAAACUAUUCCGGAUGAGCCGUAUCGUACAGCAUUGAAUGCAUUAAGCUUUAUCUUUGGAAUUAUAGGUAACAUUUUUUUACUAUUGAACUUUUCCCAAGCGGUUGAAUACUUGAUCAGUCAAUGUAUCUCCAUUUUUUGCUGGAUAGUUGCAGCAAUCUUAUUGUUAAUUGAUGUUCUACUUACAAAUGAAGACUUUUACGACGAACACCAUCUGUUUGGAAGGUCCGAAGGAUUUUGGUUUGCAGUUAUGACUAUUUUCUUUUAUUCGAUGUGUGCAAUGGUACUUAGCCUAAACUUUAUUGGUUAUAAAUUGAAAAAAUAUCCUGCAAGGUUUAAUUUAGACAACAAGCAACGAACACUUAUGUUUUAUACUAUUGUUUUCAUAAUUUGGCAAGUUAUUGGAACUGUAUCUUUUGCCCAUUUGAUCAAAAAUAUCAGCUAUGGAGAGGCCCUAUAUUACUGCACUGUAUCCCUUCUUACCAUUGGAUUGGGUGAUAUUCUUCCAAAGACUGUGGGCUCUAGGAUAUUUGUAUUGAUUUUUUCUGUAAUCGGAGUCUUGAUUAUGGGUCUUAUAAUUGCAAUGAUACGUCUGGUGGUGAUAUCAUCUGCUGGGCCAACUAUAUUUUGGCAUCAAAUUGAAAAGGAUAGAAGAAGAGAGUUGAACGAAAUAACAAAUUCAAGUGAAAAUUAUAGCCAAGAAGAAGUAUUUCAUAGAAUGAGGUUAAUUAGAAAGAAAGCAAAAUUGAGACAGAAAAAUACGAGUUUUAUUAUAUCUUUUAUUGUAUUUAUGUUGUUUUGGCUCAUUGGUGGCCUAGUUUUCUAUUUUGUUGAACAUUGGUCGUAUUUUGAAGCAAUUUAUUUUUGUUUCCUAUGUUUAAUCACCAUAGGUUAUGGUGAUUUUGCCCCCAUAACUAGUUUUGGUAGGGCCUUUUUCGUUUGCUGGGCAAUUGCAGCCAUUCCAAUAAUGACUAUUUUAAUCUCCAGCUUUGGUGACAAAAUUUAUGAUUGGGCCGAUAAAUUCAGUUUUUACACCUCAAAAAUUUUCAUCUUCCGUUCAUAUAAAAAUGUCUUGAGACAUAAACGAAAACCAAAACAACUCGACGAAGUUGUGGAGGAAGACACAGAAGAAGCAUUGGAAGACGAAGAGAUCAACAGAAGCUUAGAGGAUAUCAGGAAACACUUUGAAAAUCCGUUCAAAAAGGCGCCUGGCACGAACAAUAUCUUUACGAGCAUUCACGAAAACAAAAUGAGAGAAGUUUCAAUCCAUAAAGAAGCAUUUUCGAAAUUACUUUCACAUUUACAGGAGCUAAAAAUUCUCAUCACUGAUUCUAUUGAAACUCCAUCAAAAGCAUAUGACCACGAGCUGUGGGCCAAAUUAUAUUAUAUUUUGUCAAAACCUCUACCAAGUGUAACAGAUGAGUUUUCAGACACCAAAAGCUCUCCACCAGGUUCAAAAGAAGAAUUGAAUUGGCCAAAUCCGUAUUUUUGGCUCAGCGACAAAUCUCCUCUCAGAUUACCAUUGAAAGAACCAAACUACCUAAUCAUCAAACUAUUCAUCAAGCUCGAACACGACGUUGAAGCUCUUCUUGAGAGUGAAAUUGAAUAUUUGACUUUCCUUCAGAAACUAGAUCUAGAUAAUGCAAUUUCCAGAUUCCACCAAAAUAAAAUUAAAUAAAAUUGCAAAUUCCUAGUCUAAAAUAUCCACUAACUUUUUUUGCAACGAUAGUGCGCGUUGAACAAAAUCUCAACACAACUUGAAGAUAAGAAAGAAAACGCGAUAUAGUAUCAACGAGUAACCAACAAUACUCCUCUUCUUCUAAUUAGAACUAUUU